AUGAUCGAGUACGUCACGAGGGGCGAGUGGUACGACGGCGAGAUCCGACGGUUCGUCCGCAUCGACAACGAGAACCCGCCUCGCAAGCGCGGCGUCCUCUUCGUGGGCUCCUCCAUCUUCCGCGAGUGGAGGGAAGCUCGCGAUUUCGCCGCCGACGUCGCGCCCCUCGGCGCGGACUGCCUGAACCGGGCGUUCGGAGGUUCCACGACGCGCGACCAGCUGGACGUCAUGGAGCAGAUCGUGUUUCCCCACGAUCCGAAGGUGCUCGUCUACUACUGCGGCAGCAACGACGUCAACGCGGGAGUCCCGCCGCGCGUCAUCCGCGACAACUUCCUCGAGUGGUGCGCGCGUGCGUUUUCGCGGUGCCCGAGCGCGAGGCGAAUCUUGUUCGUGUCAAUCAUGCGAGCCCCGCAGAAGGCGCCGGUGUGGGACGCACUCGACGAGGCGAACGCGCUGAUCCGAGAGGCGUGCGGCGAGGAGGGGGAAGAAGGACGGCGAGGGCUCAAACGCGUGAGCUUUGUCGACGUCAACCCGCUGCUUCGCGACGCGUCCACGCUCGAGCCGCUUGCACAGCUGUACAGGGACGACGGGCUGCACUUCCACCCGAGUUCGUACGACCGCUUCGCGCCGGCGAUCGUGGACGCGGCGCGACGGGCGCUGGACGAGUGCGGGGAUUCGGUGGGGCGGGGGGGAACCGGGGUGCGUGGGGGCGAAUCGUCGGAGGCGCCGUAUGACCCCGCGCUGCCGCCGAGCCUCGGACGAUGA